CAGAAAGAAAUCAGUUUGUGGAACCAGCAGAGGUACGUGGACAUCAGUGGAAAGACGGAGAGAAAGUAAGAUGGCCGAGGAGCCAAAGAUUGAACUCUUUGUAAAGGCCAGUUAUGAUGCUGAGAGUGUGGGGAACUGCCCUUUCUGUCAGCGACUCUUCAUGAUUCUUUGGUUAAAAGGGGCCAACUUUACCCUGACCACUGUAGACAUGAAGAGGGCUCCGGAUGUACUGAAGGAUUUGGCUCCAGGCUCUCAGCCUCCCUUUCUCAUCUACAAUGAUGAAGUCAAAACGGACACUAAUAAGAUUGAGGAGUUCCUGGAGGAGACCUUGGCCCCACCACAGUACCCAAAAUUGUGCUGUCGAUACAAAGAGUCCAACAGUGUUGGAGAAGACAUCUUCCGAAAAUUCUCAGCAUAUAUCAAGAAUCCCAAUCCUGGCUUAAAUGACAUGCUCGAGAAGAAAUUUCUUUCCACUCUGGUGAAGCUGAACAUGUAUCUAGAAACUCCUCUCCCUCACGAGCUGGACAAAAACCCGGAUCUUACUGUGUCUUCACGCCUCUUCCUGGAUGGUGACAGCCUUACCUUGGCAGAUUGCAACUUGCUUCCCAAACUCAACAUUGUCAAGGUGGUGAUUAAGGAGUACCGUGACUUUGCCAUCCCUGCAGAGCUCAAAGGUCUGACACGUUACCUAGAGAAUGCCUACAAACGGGACGAGUUUCGCCACACCUGCCCAAAUGACUCAGAGAUUCUCCUCGCCUACCAUUCUGUCGCCCAGUACCUAAGCAAAUAGAGGAGUGAACUAAAACAGCAUUCAUGAAAUUAAAGAAAGUAAAAACAGAAAGAGAUAAAAUGCAGAAGACUCAAAUAUACCAUGUUGAAAAUUAAGUUCUAUAUCUGUUUAAAUUACAUUUGUGUGGACAAUAAA